AUGAACAACCGCGGCGACCGUCGACGUCGCCUUGCAAAGGCAUGCGAUCAUUGUCGAAAAGGCAAGGUCCGAUGUGACGGGACCCGGCCAGUUUGUGGACGUUGUCGGGGUUGCGGGAAUGACUGCCACUAUGCAGAUGUUGACAAGCCCGACCCGCGUCAACGGCGAUCUAAAAUAUCAUCUCGAAGCUCGACAGGUGAUCCAAUUGAAGGAGUUUGUCUUCAAGUAGUCAAUGCUUCUUCAACCUUGUUGUCAGACUCUGUAGUCACCCGAACGGUCCCUCAUCCUCAGCAACAUAUUGAAGCCCAUCAUGAGCUUCACAGCUUUACAGAGCCAAGCCCCGGUCAGACCUUGACAGCGACAGAUACAAGCCCUAGGGAGACGAUAGUUGGUGGUAAUGAAGAUAUGCGCUACUUUGGUCCGCCAUCGGGUAUAUCCCUGGUGUCCACCGCUACUCCACGCAAAUCAGGACAGCAUACGCCAGAAUCGUGGUCCAAAUGGACACACCCGUCUGUCGAGCCUCUGUUCACAAAGCGAGUCCUGAAGCCUCUUCCCUCUUGGACAGAGGCAUUUUCCCUUGUCAGCGAAUUCUUCACUCAUGAACACCCAGUCUUCCCAUGCUUCAAUGCACCAGCAUUUAUGUGUUUACUAGGCCAACAGUACUCGGGCACAUGCACUGAGAGUCCAGCGUGGUGGGUUUCGCUCAACUCUGUUCUUGCACUCGCACAGCGUCGUCGGGCGGAGGCAGCUCAAUCGGUAGAAGCAGAGGAUCGAGCCUGGGCCUAUGCAUCAAAUGCACUUGCCGGAACAUGGGAUGUUCUCAUGCGUAGUACACAAUUGUUUUCUGUCCAAGCUCUGCUAGCCAUUGCCUGGUUCUUUAUCGGAACACCAAACCCGCAGCCCAGCUUCAUGCUCGUUGGUUGCGCUGUGCGUCUUGCACAUUCAAUAGGCAUACAUGUCGAGAGCCAGGACCCGUCUGUAAGUCCAGCAGAAGGGAGUAUGAGAAAGAAGGUCUUUUGGAUCGCGAUUUGUCUAGACCGGGAACUGUGUCUGCGAACUGGAAGGCCCCCUUGUCACGAUCUCAACGCUGCCUACGUUGACCCACCAGUGCGCUCCUUGGAUGAAACGGAAAUCAUCAAGACUGUUGAGGGGCAUGAAGUAAACCUCUUCAAAGGUCAGAUACAACUUGCCGUGAUUCAGAGUGCGAUUUACCAAGAUCUACAUUCAGGCAAAGGUCCACCGAAUGGCAUUGCAGAUUCGGUGGCGGACUUGCUACAGAAGCUGGAGAAUUGGCGUACUGAAUUUGCGCCGUCUCUCACUGAUGAUUCUACUAGGAGGUGCGAGCAUUAUGGGUUGAUGCGGUUGUACUUUUCCUACUACAAUGCCGUCAUCGUUGUGAGCCGCGCGCACAGCUUGACUUAUUGGGUAUCGCCGAAUCACCCGGAAUUAUCAGUCCUCCCUGGGAAGAUGAGAGACUCCAUAGAAAAUUGCCUCAACGCGUCCCGAUGCAUCAUUGAGCUAAGCAUGCUUAUACCAGUCACAUGGAAGAGCUUCCACUGGGACAUCGUUCCAAUACCUAUGAGCGCUGUUGUUAUUCUCUGCAUCAUGGCAAUUCGGAACCCCGUGAACGAGGCUGCGGCGAAUGACAUGCGUUUAGUCGGUGACGUCAUGCAGAUCUUCAAAAUACUAGACGAGGCAUAUGGCGGCAAUACAUACCUCACCCAAGUCCAAAAGGUCUGCCAAGAACUAUACAGAAAAGCUCACUACGCCGUGCAAUCUUUGAAUGCACAACUAGUUGAUUCUAUUGAUGUAGAAUCUCCUGCUCUUCAACGUACCUCGAAUGCCAACCAGCAAGAAAUUCACCAGACCCACCAUACUGACAACAUGUUUGAGUUCAACCUGGAUGCCUUUGAGCAGACAAUGCCUUAUCCAGUUCCGAUGCUUUGGGACUUGGAUGCGUCACUAUGGACUUCAAUUUUAUAG